GGUGAUCACGUGACGAUCCUCAGAAAGCUCAAGCGAAAUAGUCGUGGAGAUACACGGGAUAUAACGGAACUUAGGUAGGGUGAAACUCGGACUUCGUGUAUUAGAAUCGGAUUCUAACGGACUUUACUUGUGUGCAAGAUAUUCAUGGAGUAACGAACAGUUAGUUUGAUCAUCUCAAGGAUGUUAUAGCAGUAAUUCAUGGGAUUGUAUACGAGGAUGUGGUAGCUGAUAUUGUGUGAUAUAUCAUGGCACUUACCUGGUGUGUGUGUAUUCUAUCUGUGAUUCUAGCCAGUUGUGUGCAGACUUCAUUACAACAGGAGAAAUCUACAGUGAGACCCUACUUUAGGAAGCUGCCUGAGACUGUCUUACAACACAUCAUUGGUGAAACUAUCAAGCUACGGUGUCGAGUUCGAGGCCAUCCCAAACCUUUUCUGACAUGGUACAAGGGUGACAAGCUCAUUGACCAUACCAGUAAUGAAAGGGUGACGGUGAACCGCUAUGCGUUGGUCAUUGAAGAUGUACAGCCAGAAGACGAGGGAAAGUAUGCAUGUCAUGGACAGAACCAACAUGGAGAGGUCUGGGGAAACUUCACCCUUAAAGUGCGCAACACAACAAAUUUUGAUGACUACGAAAACGAUUAUGAGAGUGAAUACGUUAAUGAACCGCAAAUUCCUGGAAAACCAACAUGGGCGAGGAAAAAGGAAGACAUGAAGGACAUUGCAAAGCCAGCUAACUCUUACGUGGACUUUAAGUGUCCUGCUGUUGGGAAACCCAAGCCUGACAUAGAGUGGCUCUUUGAGGGUAAACCCUUCAAACGAAACACGCCUGGCCAGAUGACCAUGAAGGGCUACAAGCUGACCCUUGGUGAUCUGGUCCCUCUUGACAGCGGAAAGUACACGUGCAUCGUCAGUAACACCCACGGCUCAAUCAACUGGACAUAUACAUUACAAGUUGUCCAGCGUCUUCCACAUGCUCCAAUUAUUAAGGGCCCAAAGAAUCAAACUGUAGUGGCCGGAGAAACAGCCUUUUUUAACUGCAGGAUUUUACUGAGUGACCUUCACCCUCACAUACAGUGGCUGAGACAUUACAAGGUCAAUGGCUCGUAUACCACACCUGAAGGGGACCCCUAUGUAAAUGUUCUACAGACUCAGAUGUCAAAUGUAAACACAUCGGAACCAGAGCAGUUGGUUCUACACAACGUGGACAAAGAGACUGCUGGGUGGUACACUUGUGUUGUACAAAACAGCAUCGGAAUUGAAUACGGCUCAGCAUGGCUAAAGGUUAUAGAUGAACAUCCGGUGAGUCAAUCAACAGUCGGCCAUGGCGUAGAACAACCAAUGACCGUCCCGAUGAUAGCAGGGGGGUCCGUCAUCAGCAUCGCAAUCGUCAGUAUCAGCAUUGGCAUUAUCGUCUUCUGGUUCCGUCAUAAACGGCGUCUUAGUAUGCCGUACAAGAAGAGGGUUAUCAUCAUGAGACAGAAUGACCUAUACUACCCCAACAGCAAGGAUCCAUAUGCAACGGUACCAUUAAUGGUACCCCAAGUACGAAUUGAGAACAGCAAUUUCAUGAGGCGUAGACUAUCAUCAGAAUUCACGGAAGUGUCAGAGUAUGAUAUUCCUCUAGACAAGACGUGGGAAUUUCCUAGAGAAAGACUCGUCUGUGGAGAAAGACUUGGAGAAGGAGCUUUUGGUUUGGUCGUCAAGGGUGUGGCACUUGGUAUCCAGGGAAUGCCAGGAAACACUACUGUUGCCGUUAAGAUGUUAAAAGAGGAUGCCACCGACCGCGAGAUGACAGAUCUGAUGCAGGAGAUGGAGGUAAUGAAGUUCAUUGGAAGUCACAAGAACAUCAUCAACCUCCUCGGAUGUUGUACACAGAGAGGUCCCCUCUACGUCAUUGUGGAAUACGCACCUAAUGGAAAUCUCCGCGACUUCCUGAAGAAACACCGACCUCCCAACUCUGGCUACCCUUGCACAUCAGGAUACGAGCGACCAAUCAUCAGUGACGAGCUGAGCGACUAUAAACCACUCACACAAAAAGAUUUGAUAUCAUAUGCAUAUCAGGUUGCAAGAGGAAUGGAAUAUCUUGCUACAAAACAUUGUAUUCAUAGAGAUUUGGCUGCUCGAAAUGUGCUUGUAACAGAUGACUACGUAUUGAAAAUUGCCGACUUCGGCCUCACAAGAAACUUGCGUAAUGUAGAUUACUACAGAAAAACAACAGAUGGUCGGUUACCGGUCAAGUGGAUGGCGCCUGAAGCACUCUUUGACCGAAAAUACACCUCAAAAAAUUGGUCGUAUGGUGUUUUGUUAUGGGAGAUAUUCACACUGGGAGGAAACCCAUAUCCCUCGGUACCAGUGGAGAAGUUGUUCGAACUCCUGCGAGAAGGACAUCGGAUGGAAAAGCCUCCAUAUGCAUCAAAUGAAAUGUAUGGUAUAAUGCACAAGUGUUGGCAGGAGAACCCUCAGAUGAGACCGUCCUUCCAACAGCUUGUGGUGGAGCUCGACAAGAUCCUCACGUCAUCACUGAAUGAAGAGGCGUACUUGGACCUGGAGCCUGUAGAAGCACCAAUGAGCACGUCAGAUAGCCAGUACUCGUCAAUGUCCCAUAGCAGUACAAGCAGUGGUGAGAGCAACAUUACCGAGUAGCCAUGUGAUUGGUCACGUGAUCAUGUGACCUUCCCCAGCAAGGGCAGCGGCUGAGAGGUGCCACGCUACUACAUGUGUGGAGUCGGCCAAAUUUUGUAACACUGCGGACUUGGGCUGUGUUAUUUGUAUAUAUACCACACACAGUGUAGGGCAACUAUUAGCAACAUGCUAAUAGAUACUACCGCUUGUCAAUCCGGCCAAUGGGAGAAGAAUUUGAGAGUGCUAGUUACAAUGUAUUCAAUUCUGGGAGUUUCUUUGAAGAAAACAGACAUACUGAGCUUCACAGGAUUGUGAAAAUUUAUAUACCUCACCAUUGAAAGAAUGAGGAAACCACAAUCUUCAAUUGGAACUUUGGCACUUUGUGUUGUGUCCUGGCAGUCUGUGAACAGGAGUUGUUUGUGGACAAGACUAUAUUCCUUUCAAAUUCUUGCUGGAACGUCUCACUGUGACUGAGGGGUGACAGGAUGUAAAGAGUACCCCAUGAAGAAAUGAGUCUGCCCUGAGCUCAGUCAUUUACAAAGCUGUUGUGUAUAUACUUUAGACUGCUCAAGGAUAUAUAUUGUUGAGUUGAAUUUUAUGAGAAAAUUUAUGCUAUUAUAUUGAGUCCAGAGUUAGAGAAUGUAUAUUUUUUAAUUAGACGCAACUCAUUGGACUGUAAGAUUGUAAUAUUGUCUGUCGUGAGCUUCCAAAAUGUGUGCCAAUGAAGUGAAGGAACAUGGAUUGUCUUCCGUUAGUCGUUCAUACUUAAUUGCGACUUAUAUAUGUAUAUAUAUAAGUACUAAUAUCCACCAUGAAAUAAGCUAAGGGCAGACAACCCAAUGCCUCAAGAGAAAUUAGGGUCAGCCAUGGGUCUUUGGGGUCAAGGUCAAUCUGCUAUAUUUUAUGGAUUUUAAAUAAUCAGGAACUUAUUACUAAUCUUGACUGUCUAAGCAAUGGCAGAAUUUACAUUAGUAUGUUUAAUGAUUUUAAAUGUCUACAAGAAGAAACUUGAAUCUCUUGCCAACUUGCAUUUAUCUGGACCACCGUUAAGCAACUGUAUUAUUUGUUGCCAUCGAUGUGCAUUUAAUCAAACUGCAAUUUACAUGCAUUUGUUAGUGUCACUGCCAGUCAAUUGUUAUUGUUUUAUGUAAGCAUUGGUUGAAUGAAAUCUAUUUUGUUAAUGUAACGUUGUUAAUGUUUAGUCUGGAUUCAUGCUAGAUACUAGGUUUCAUUUUCAUCUCUUAAACAUUGUCUUAAGCUAAACAUUAGCAGGCAUCUCAUGACAAUAGGCAUCAAGUUGUUUUUUGUUUUUCAAUAGUGCUUAUGGUUCCACACAUGUGUUCAGUUGUCAUAGUACCAGGUUACCUAGGCAACAUGGAAAUGGUGCAUUAUGGGGGUAAAUAUCAUCAGUUUCAUUACCUAAAUUAUUUAGUCAGCAUUCUGACUUGUUGCCUGUUGGUUGCAUUAUUUCCAAGUCUUCCACAUGUUUGUUUUUGUGAAUGAAUAUAUUUGGCAGGUAAUAUCUUUUCUCAUGUCACCGAUAUAUAUAAUGGCACAUCAGACAAUCAUAGGGUGAAUUCGAGCCAUUUCUUUUCAUCUCAGUACAUGAAAUUGUCACUUUUUCUAGACCAAAUAAACAGUUGGACAAAAUUGAGUUGAAAUGGAGAUUUUUUAACUGCGAUGAAACGCAAGCAUUUUGAUGUUUUGAUGAAAUUCUAGAGCUGUGAACACUUCAUGUAUUUUGAGGUAGUACCAUAUGCAAAAUCUCUGUCUCAUUGUCUUCCGUAAUGCUAGUAUGCUACCGAAAGACACGUGUAUUCUAAGCUCAGAAGAACAACACUCCCAAGCAAAGAUGACUAAAUGUGUAUAUUUGGAUUAAGAGAGUGCUGCAAUGCACGUCUGAUGUACGGACUAACCGCACCUGUGCUUGAUGUGCACUGCCAGAGCUGUACAUGCUUCAAGUACGUGUGCUGUUUCCCUUCAGCUUGUUGCAGCUUCUACUAUACAUUAAUGCUUUGUAUGGGUGUGAAUAUUUCGUGACCUAAAUGGAGGACCUUUCAUGGUGUGAAUAUUGAACUCAGCAAGUGUGCAUUUACUUGCAGUCCAACGGAAUUAAUUGACAUGAUCACAGAGAAGAUGUGAAUUGUUAAUAUAUACUAAAUGUGGGAUAAAAGAGGCGUCACGCCUGAAGAAGAGUCUUGGACCAGAUGAACAUGGAACAUGUACCUGAAAUAACUUACAGGGAAUUUUAUUCAUGACUUGUGUGUUAUGAAGAUAUUCACCACCAAAUACCAGUUAGCAUUUUACAUUAUAUUCACCAGUUCUUGCAUUAGAAGUGCAGAAUACUACUUUCUGCAAGACAUCUUGUAGAUGGUUCCUCAGGAAAUUGUCACACUGGUUUUUUAAAGUAUGAGCUUACGGCUUGUAUCAUGCAGUUUUAUAUUUUAUUAUUGCAUUUUAUGAAUCUCCAACAACUUUUGCUAAAAGAGUGAAAACCUCAAGACAGAUGACAUUUUUUAUUUGUGCAAGUUUUUGUUGUGCAACUUUUUUAAUUAAUGAAGCAAAAGUUGUUAGAGAACUGGUAAGAGUGGCUUUUUGUUUUAGUACCGGCAAAUAUGGCCUGUUCUUAAUUUUUUCAGACAGAUUUGUUUUUAAAAUGGCAUAAUUUAGCCAGAGAAUUUAUUCUUUACCUGGAUUUCUAGAAGUUUUAGAAAUUCAGACUGAAACAGGUAUUAUAAGUAAGUGUCUUUGGGUUUUUUAUGAUUUGUCUAAAUUGUUAAGUUAAGGAUUUAAGGUUCAAAUUGCACUUGUUCAAGUUGUGAAUUUUGUGUUCAUAAAUCAUUGAAGUGUAUUAGCACCCUACCAUCAUGAAUUAAAUAUCUGAAAGUAUUGCAAUCUCAGUAUUCCAUCAUGAAGUCAUUUGGCAGUUUUAUAAAGGUCAACAGUCUAUGAGUAAUUCAACACACAAUUGUUUUGAAUAUUUGAUGUAAAUAUUUGGGCCUACUUAAUAUUUUUUUAUACUUUAUAUUAUGUAAAUGAAUUUGAUUCCAGAUGCAAUGUAAGAGGGGUUUGAUUGAUGAAAUUCUGAAACAAGCGAAAACAAUUGACAUCAUCCUAUCAUCACACUGUUGGUCUAAUGUAAUAUAUUUGUACAAUUGUUGUAAAUUAGAAAAAUAAAACUCAAUCUGUAGAUUA